ACACACACACUAUCUUUACAGGGCGAAAUGACAGGAUACUGUGGUGGCCAAGUCCCGUAAUGAGGCUGUAAGGGAACUAAAUACUUGAUAGUCACAUGGGCUACAAAUCCAUCGAAGGCGGGACCAGUCCGAUUUUCUUUUCCCCUUUCGUUUCGGUCUUCUUUUCUUCGGCUUGCUUCUGCCGUCCUUCCAUCGGGUCUAGCACAGAGACCUCCCUCGUUCCUAUGAAUAUUUCCAAUCAGAUAUUUCCGUCCAACUUUCGAUUUCAAUACCUAGCCGGAUCGACCGGCUCAAGUUGCUUGAUUUGGGAUUGUGUUCAAGCGUCACAAGAGGAACCGGUGUCGAAUUCAUUGAAUCACUACAAAGCGGUCAGGCUAGAAUCGCUUGGGCUGCCAUUCAUUCUUGGGGUGGCUUUCUUUUCCGACGCCGCCUCUUUAAGGCAGAAAAGCAGAUAACAAGAACAGGAGCCACAAUUGGACUAGUUAGUCCAAGCUGGGGGGACUACUCCGUACCUAAGCUGCAGUGGCUCUUCUCAACCCAACAACGACUCAGACAGUCAUCGCCCGUUGGAGGUCCCCGGGAGGGCAUGACCAGGGAGGAACCUCGUACUAACCACUAAGUUAAGUUUCCAACACUACUCCGUAGUCGCCCCUCCCAUGAACGAUUCGCAUUUGUUGUUAUCGACUGAAAGAGCACUCGAUCCUGCCUCCUCUCGUU